AUGGAACAGGCCGAUGACCAGCCUGAGCCUGAAGCCGAUCAGGCCUUGAUGGAUGUGAAGGAGGAAGAGGUCGAAGCAGAUGGCGAUGUUGAUGCUGAUGCAGUCGACUAUGACACGGGCGACCAGGUCAACCCGGCAGAGGGUGACGAUGCCGAUUUCGCUGCAGCUCCGAGCGCAGCAUUGCAAGAGGAGCACGCAGAAAACCAGCACGGUCCAGCUGGGCUCGCAGAGGAUAACGAUCCUGGCAGAUCUGCCCAGUCCGACAUGAAGGAGGAUGGAUCUGUGAAGAUUCUCGAUCUGUCUUCGAGAAUCAAGAAGCCGGCGGACGUCAGUUGGUAUCUGGAACAGGAAAGAGCAAAUGAUAAAGGACUCUACGAUUUCUCAGAGGUCAACCUUGCAAAGUGCAAGCUUCAAGGAGAUUCUGCUCGGGAGGUGGCCAGAUUCUGCCAGAAGUGCCCAGGGCUAAAGAUCCUAAAGUUGCAUCACAAUUCCAUAGAUGACGAUGUGGUCGAGGAGGACCUUAUGCACAUAUUCAAGCACUGUCCUCGGCUGGAGGAGGUCCAUCUCAGCCACAACUGGCUGACCGAAAAGAGUUGCUGGUUAAUGGUGGGAGAGGCAGCCAAACACCUGCCGAAGGCAAGUCCACGGCCCCUUUGGUUGCGCAUGGAGCACAACUACUACAAGGAUCCCAUGGAAAUUGCGCAGCGCUGCAAGGAACAGUGGUGCGAGGUGCCAGUAUGCUUUCGAGAAGAUGGCAGACGUUGCACAAACCGAUAUUGCAAGAACAAUGCGCGCAUCCACUUACCCUUCAUGCUGGACGACAACAAGGACAACAAGGACGGCUGGAAGCACGGCGGUCGCGGCGGCCGCGGCGGUCGCGGCGGUCAGAACGGCUCCUGGAGUCCAUGGCGCUCUGAGCGCUCUGGGGGUGAGCGAUACAAGGACAGCUAUGGCAAUGGUUACACUGGUGACUCGUACUAUGCAGGCAACGACUACAGAGGUCAUGACUACAGAGGUAACCACAAAGCCCCUGGAUAUGGAAGCUACAGCAAUUCCUAUGACGAUGCAGCUGCUGGCAGGGGCCAUGCACACCAUCGUACAAACGCGUAUGGCCGUGCUUACGUCGACCGAAGCCAUGGCUACGAGAGCCGGGAGGGCCGCGAGCGCGACGUGAGAUGGCGUGACUCGCGAAGCCGCAGCCGCACACCUCCACCGCACCAGCCCAGCCGGGUGCGGCUCACGGAGCGCUUCUCUCCUCCAGCCCGGCGUGCCCCCAGCGCUCGCAGCGUUCGUGAUGUUCGAGUGCCGAGCCCACCGGGCCCACGAAGAAGACAGGUGCAGCAAGUUCGACGAGUACCACUUCCCCCUCGAAAAGCCCCAACCCCGCCUAGGCCCAGGCAGCCGCGGCCAGUGCGAGCGCGCCGUCCAGUGACGCCUGAGCCUCCCAACUACCAGCGCAACCGGGCCCCGGCCCCACAGGCUCCGCUCCCACGCAACCUCGCUCAGAUUCGGCGGCCUCCCUCUCCGCCCCUGCGCCCCAAGCUCCCUCAAAAGCCAGAGGAGCCAUCAUCGAGUUACGAGUACUACAGCGAUGAUGAGUACAGUUACGACGAGGAGCCCAUCCCACAGGGGCAGAGCCGCGACGUAAAAAGCGUGGUGGUCCCUCUGCCCAAGGCUCUUCCAAAGGGCUCGGUGGGCCGUCAGGUGCAGAAGCAGCCAUUUCAACCAAAGGCUGCAGCACGCAGGAGGGAGCCAGUUGCAAAAGGCAGGCCCUUCCAGCAAAACCGACGAAGAUAG